CACAAGGUUGAUGAUGACACAAGCAGUCUCUCUUUAUUCUGGAAACUUGAACAAGAACUGAGAUCGGUGAUUGAAAAUACAAAAUCAACCCGAGAAACCCACUUGAAACUGAUGGAGUUCAAAGAAGUCAUGCGGAGUGUCGAAUACUAUUUUGAUGAUCCGGAAAAUCUGCCUGAGAAAAGUCAGUUAUCGCAUUUAUUUAGCAAAGCAGAGACGUCACCAUCAGAAACAAGUAGUUUGGAGAUGAUGAUGGGCACAAUCAACCAAGAGAAAGCGUUCGAGUUUGAGAGAACUCUGUGGCGUGUUUCAAUGGGAAAUGUGUUUCUCCACUAUGAUCGGCUGCCUAUCAAACUUGAAGAUCCAGAAACGGGCCAUCAAGUGAUGAAAAUAGUCUUCAUAGUUGUAUUUCAGGGUGGGAAUCUGAAGACUAAAAUUAAGAAACUGAUGGAAAGCUACAGAGCGAAAACUUAUGAGUGUCCAGAUUCGGCCACUGAACGUUGGGCAGUAUACAAAGAUGUUUGCGACAGGAUUGAGAAUUUGGAUGAGGUUCUGCAUGAAUCGACAUUACAAAAGCGCAACAUCCUAGAGGAAGCAGCAAAAUACGUGGAAUAUUGGUCAGUGAUGGUGCUGAAGGCAAAAGCCACUUACCACACCAUGAACGGAUUCAACUGGACUGAUGAGAAGAAAAAAAUGUUGGUAGCUGAGUUUUGGAUUCCAGACUGUCAUAUGGAUGACCUCACUGCUGUUAUGGACUCGAAAAAGUUUCAAUUUGCCAAGCCAGCUCUCUACAAAGUUGAAGUUGAUGAAAUGCCUCCCACCUAUUAUAAUCUAAACAAAUUCACCCAAGUAUUUCAAGAAAUGGUAGACUCAUAUGGUGCAAGUACCUACAGGGAGGUCAAUCCAGCUCCAUAUUUGGUUAUAACAUUUCCAUUCCUGUUUUCUGUGAUGUUUGGUGAUUGGGGUCAUGGCAUGAUCAUGACAGUUGCCAGUUUAUGGCUCAUCAUCAAUGAAAAAAGAUUACGGCCAAUGGUACAAGAGAAUGAGGUGUACAGAAUGUUCUACAACGGGCGCUACAUCACGCUGCUGAUGGGCAUGUUCUCGAUCUUCUCAGGCCUGAUGUACAACGAGUGCUUUGGCCGCGCGACCAGUCUGUUCGCGAGCGGCUGGCAGGUUGCGCCCGCGCUGGAGACGCUCAACAGCGGCGACAGUAAGUCCACCGAACUCGCGCCAGAUGUCUCCUUCACGCGACCCUACUGGUUCGGCAUCGAUCCUGUCUGGCAUCUUUCGAAAAAUUCAAUUGUGUUCAAAAAUUCAAUUCGUAUGAAACUGUCUAUCAUUUUUGGUGUCAGUCAGAUGAUUUUUGGUCUUUAUAUCAGUGUGGAAAAUUAUAUAUACUUUGGAAUGUACAGGAAAAUCUUCACAGUCUUCCUUCCUCAACUCAUAUUCAUUGCAUCCUUGUUCCUCUAUUUGAUUGUAUUGAUUUUCAUGAAAUGGUACACUUAUGGACCAAGACGAGGGGUUAUAUACAGUUCUCCUUGUGCACCACCUAUUCUCAAUACUUUCAUCUCAAUGAUACUUUUCACCAGCAGAGAAGCCAAUGAGAAUUGUGAUUUGUAUAUGUUUAAUGCGCAGGAGGAACUGCAGCUUUUCCUGGUUAUUGUAGCAACCAUAUGUAUACCGUGGCUUUUCUUUGUGGAACCGAUAAUCAUUAUCUUUAGUGGAAACCCCAACUCAUCGAAACAUGCUAUCGAGGUGUCAUCAAAAGAAGACGAACAACGUAUCCAGAGUGAACUGAGCCCGAUAGAGAGCACCGACAUCUCGGCGAAACAUCCGAGACACUUUUUCCAACAGCACGAGGAGAACCAAACGGCAAUCGACAUAUUCAUACAUCAGGGCAUACAUGCCAUUGAGUUCAUACUCGGCUCAAUCAGCAAUACAGCCUCCUACCUCCGACUCUGGGCGCUGGCUUUGGCUCAUGAACAAUUGUCAGAAGUAUCAUGGAACCAAGUGAUGAGACGAGCCCUCGCUAAUGAUUGUAAUAUAUUCAUGAAAAUAGUGUCAGUCUACUUGGCAUUUAUUGUGUGGGCGUUUCUCACGAUUGCAAUUCUCGUCCUUAUGGAAGGUUUAUCAGCUUUUCUUCAUGCCUUGAGACUACAUUGGAUUGAAUUCCAGUCAAAGUUCUAUGAAGGAAACGGCCACAAAUUCCAACCAUUCAGUUUCAAAGCACUCAUUCACAACUAAAGAAAAUUAUUGAACUCUGAUUGACAAUAACUUAUUCAUAAUAUAAUUUAUAAUAUAUCAUCCAUAUCUAUUCUAUCAUAUUGUUUUGUACGGUAAGUGCUUUUAGUUUAUUUGAAGUGUUCAACUGUAUCUAUCUGCUGUUACAAAAGGUGUUAAUUCAAUUGAACCAAAAACAACAUAAUGAAUAGCUUUUACUCUAUUUAUCUAUGAUUAAACUCAAUAUUAUUUCCGUCACAU